AGGAGAGCGAGAGUAGUGAUGACAUCACCAUCUUCCCCAGCCAGAAGGCAGGCGCCUUAUGCGGGGAGGGAGGAUUCAGCCACAGCAGCAGUGACUAGGAACCUGUACCUCGGAUAAUCCAGGCAUAGAUAAGCAUUUGAAAAAAGGAUGUUCCUCCAGCUGUAAUUACAGGAAUAUCCACGAUGAUCCCUUCAGCUGCAGCAACCCCUCCCAGCGACGUGCUUUUCCCCAGCCUGUCUUGUCAGGAAUUCUGGAGGUCACAGAUCUCAGGCUAUUCCGGAUCUGUCACUCGCCACAUCAGUCAUCGUGCCAACAACUUUAAAAGACACCCAAAGAGGAGAAAACACAUACGCCCCUCCCCUCCACCACCCCCAAAUACACCAUGCCCUAUUGAUCUGAUUGACUUUGGGGAUCUCCACCCUCAGAGAUCUUUCCUAGAACUGCUGUUUAAUGGGUGUAUUCUCUUUGGGAUCGAGUUCAGCUAUGCCAUGGAAACAGCCUAUGUGACUCCUGUGUUGCUUCAGAUGGGGCUGCCGGAUCAGUUGUAUGGAAUGGUGUGGUUUAUCAGCCCAAUACUAGGAUUCCUGCUGCAGCCUUUGCUGGGGGCCUGGAGUGACAGAUGCACAUCAAGAUUUGGCAGGAGGCGGCCCUUCAUUCUGGUCCUGGCAAUAGGAGCAUUAUUGGGGCUCUCACUUAUGCUGAAUGGAAGGGACAUUGGCAGCGCCUUAGCUGACACUGUGAAUAACCAUAAAUGGGGGAUCAUUCUCACAAUCUGUGGGGUGGUCCUAAUGGACGUUAGUGCAGAUUCGGCAGACAAUCCCAGUCAUGCUUACAUGAUGGAUGUGUGUAGCCCAGUGGAUCAAGACAGGGGGCUUAACAUCCAUGCUUUGUUAGCAGGUCUUGGAGGUGGCUUUGGUUAUGUUGUUGGAGGAAUAAAUUGGGAUAAAACCAGUUUUGGAAGAGCUGUGGGAGGGCAGCUCCGUGUCAUCUAUGUCUUCACAGCAAUAAUAUUGACUAUCACUACUGUCUUGACUCUAAUUAGCAUUCCAGAAAGACCACUGCAGUCUUUUAGCAAGAAGAAAAAAGUGAUGAAGAGUCCAAGUCUUCCUCUUCCUCCUUCUCCACCUCUUUUGUUUGAGGAAGGUAUAAAUGAAAAUCUCAGUUUUACAAGUCCAAUUUCCCCUCUGAGCCCACUCACACCUAAAUAUGGCAGUUUUAACAGCAGAGACAACUCCUUGACAGGAAUUAAUGAAUUUGCAUCAUCAUUUGGGACCUCAAAUAUUGACAGCGUACUCAUAGACUGCUUCACAGGAGGGUAUGAUGGCUAUUUAGCAAUCCCAGCUAGCUUGCCGAGACAGGCAAUCAGUGUCAGCUUUCCCAGGGUGCCAGAGGGCUUUUACUGUCAAGAAAAUGGAAUCCUGGACCAAGGGGAGAAUUCUGUAAAUCCAGGGCCAGAUGGAGAUGCACUAAGGGUGGGUUCAGUGGAUGCAAUAAAGCCACGAUCAAUAGGGAUUCUGAAAAGGCCUCAGACCUUGGCCAUUCCAGAUGUUGUCACAGGAUAUUGUCCAGAAAGUAGCAGGAGAAGAAACGUAACCUUCAGCCAACAGGUUGCUAAUAUUUUGCUGAAUGGUGUGAAGUAUGAGAGUGAGUUGAAUGGAUCCGGUGAGAUGUCUGAGCAAUCACUUUCCAUGAAACUUCUUUGUUCAACCAUCUGCCACAUGCCCAAGACUCUGCGUAACCUCUGCAUCAACCACUUCCUAGGUUGGCUCUCGUUUGAGGGAAUGUUGCUGUUCUACACAGACUUCAUGGGAGAAGUGGUGUUUCAAGGCAAUCCUAAAGCCCCUCACAACUCUGAUGAAUAUCAAAAAUACAAUGCUGGGGUCACCAUGGGCUGUUGGGGAAUGUGUAUCUAUGCAUUCAGUGCUGCAUUCUAUUCAGCCGCACUAGAAAAGCUGGAAGAAUACUUCAGUAUUCGCACCCUGUAUUUCAUUGCAUAUCUUGCUUUUGGACUUGGUACAGGCCUGGCUACACUCUCCAGAAAUAUCUAUGUGAUUUUAUCUCUAUGCAUAACUUAUGGUAUUCUGUUUUCAACACUCUGCACACUCCCUUAUUCUCUGUUGUGUGAUUACUACCAGAGUAAAAAGUUCGCAGGCUCGACUAUCGAUGGUACCAAGCGGGGGAUGGGCGUGGAUCUCUCUCUCCUGAGCUGCCAGUAUUUCCUAGCUCAGCUUCUCGUUUCCAUCGUGAUGGGACCCAUCACUUCCAUGGUGGGCAGCGCUAACGGGGUGAUGUAUUUUGCCAGCCUCGUGUCUUUCAUUGGCUGUUUGUUUUCCUCCCUGUGUGUCAUAUACGAGAUCCCAGCCAACGAGGAGCUGGCGGAGGAGCAGCAGCCGUUGGUGCGGAGCGCGUGAAGGGCAGGAUCGGCCGGCAGCGAGGGGCCGGGGGGCCGGGGAAGCGGCACUAAUCGUAUGAGACACGUUACAAUAAAAGCAACUCAGACGAACAGUG